AUGGCCAAUGAAAGCACUAGAGGACACUUUGAGACACCUGGGACACUUUGGGCUUCAUUCGUGCCGAUCUCUCCUAAAAGCCUGUCGCAGAAGGCAAACAUCAAGCGUGUGGUCUGCCUGUUGGCCCUCGAUGGCCGGCUAUUAGAAGAUUAUUGUACCACUAAUGCCGCUGAUCCAUCUCCAGGACCUAAUUCUGAGGUCAGCGGUGUCCCCGAUUCUGCCGUCGCCCCGACAUGCCCGCUGUGCCGGAGGACUCCGCCCAGCCCCGGUCAGGAGGCCUCUGAUCCCCGCUCCGUCCUCUGCUCCCCCACGGUUCGAGCGCUAUUCCCGGUCCACCCGGCUCAUCGCAGUAAAGCCAUGGCCGUCCACGCCAUCCGCGCCGACUCCGCGUGUCUCUACAGCCUCUCCCAUCACCCACGGUGGCGCGGCUCUUCCCAGGGGCGCCCAAGGGCGAGCGUCUCCACGCGGCUCACGGCUGCUUCCGCUCCGCCUCUGACCGUCUGCUGCCGGGCCCAGCGCCUCUGGCAUCCCCUGCUGGUGACGCUGGCGCUGGUCUGCCUGCCGAGCCGGGCCUGGGCCACCACGUUCAAGAUAGCCGUUGUGGGGCCUUGGACGUGUGACCCUCUCUUCUCCAAGGCGCUGCCCGACGUGGCGGCCCGCCUGGCCACCAGCCGCAUCAACAAGGACCCCCACCUGAGCAAGGGCUACUGGUACGAUUACAGCCUCGUGUCCGAGGACUGCCAGAGCUCCAGGGCACUGGCGCGCUUCGCCGAGCUCGAGGGCUACGGCUCGGCCUUCUUGGGACCCGCCAACCCGGGCUACUGCUCAUCCGCCGCCCUGCUGGCCAAGAACUGGAACAAGGGCCUCCUGUCGUGGGCGUGCCUGGAGCCGGCUGCCGACAAGAGCUCGUACCCGACGUUCCUGCGCCCACUGCCCUUGUCGUCUCGCGUGCUCUUCUCUGUGCUGCGCUUCUUCCGCUGGGCGCACGUGGCCGUCGUCAGCACCAAGGACGACUUGUGGGAGGCCACAGGGGACGAGCUGGCGUCCUCGCUGCGUGCCCUCGGCCUGCCUGUUAGCGCCGCGGUUACCAUGGAGACCGGGGAGGACGGCCCGCGUAAGGCCCUGAAGACCGUCCGGGAGCUGGACCGGGUCAAAGUGGUCAUCAUGUGUAUGCACUCGGUGCUGAUUGGCGGAAAGGCUCAGCGGGACCUGCUGACCACAGCCCUGGACAUGCGCAUGGUGGACCGCGGCUACGUGUUCAUCCCCUACGACACGUUGCUCUACGCCCUGCCCUACAAGGACGCCUCGUACCCGGUGCUGGCCAACGACACCAAGCUGCGCAGGGCCUACGACGCGGUGCUCACUGUCACCAUGGACUCUGGAGAGCGCAACUUCUACGAGGCUUUUCGAGACGCCCAGGAGAGAUACGAGAUCCGCACAAGCACCCCAGCGGAGCAGGCGAGUGCACGGGGUUGGGGGGUGUCGCCGUUCUUCGGCACCAUCUACAACAUGCUCUACUUCCUGGCCAUGUCGGUGGAGCAGGUGCGGGUCGCGGGCGGCCGCUGGGUGACGGGGGAGGCGCUCGCCCGCAGCCCGGGCGACUUUGAGUUCGCCGGCUUCAACCAGCCGCUGCGGUCCGGCAGGAACGGGGAGGGCAUGCAGGGCCGCUACGUGGUGCUCGACACGGACGGCCGUGGCUCCUCCCUGCGGUCCACCCACGCGCUGGAGGCGGCGCACACCUACGGCGACAUCGGGGGGCUCAAGUACUACGGCCGUGCCAUCCACUUCCCAGGGAGCUCGCCCAGCAGCGACGCCACCUGCUGGUUCAGCCCCAACACGGCCUGCAGCGGGGGUGUUGACGGAACCGCGCUUUUCCUCAUGUUCAUCCUGAGCUGCUUCCUGGCUGCCGGAGUCGUGCUCUUCAGAGCAAAGUUCGCACAGCUGUGGUCCAUGCUAGGCGGUGGAGGCGAAGGAGCCUCUAAACUGGUGCUGACCCUCGAAGACCUGGUCUUCAUCAACACACAGCUCAGCAGGCGGAAACUCAACGAGGAAAGUAUAAUAAAGAGUAUUUUGUACGUGAAGACCUCAUCUCAUUCCGUGUCAGGACACAGCUACAUCUACACGUCCCCCGAGAGCUCCAACGUGGCCGUGUUUGAGGGUGACUGGGUGUGGCUCAAGAAGUGUCCCAAUGGAGACAAGGUGGUCGAGGUGAACAGAAGCACCAAAGUGAUCUUCAACAAGCUCCGUGACAUGCGCCAGGAGAACCUGAACCUGUACCUGAGCCUCUUUCUGGACUGCGGCAUCUUUGCCAUAGUGACGGAGCACUGCACUCGUGGCAGUCUGCAGGACCUGCUCAACAACGAGGACAUGCGCCUCGACUGGAUGUUCAAAUCUUCUCUCAUCAUGGAUCUUAUCCGAGGAAUGAAGUACCUUCACAAUCACAACGUCAUCCACGGACGCCUCAAGUCCCGCAACUGCGUAGUGGACGGACGCUUUGUGCUCAAGGUUACGGAGUACGGCUACAACGGUAUCAUGGACUGUCAGAAAAUGAUCAUGGAGCCCCAGAAGCCUGAGGAUCAGCUGUGGACGGCCCCUGAGCUGCUGAGGAAUCCCGCGCUGGAGAGGAAGGGAACCUUCAAGGGCGACGUGUUCAGCUUCUCCAUCAUUCUGCAGGAGGUCAUCACACGAAACAGUCCCUUCUGCAUGCUCGACAUGCCAGCAGAGGAGAUCAUCCAGAAGCUGCGGUCACCACCGCCACUGUGCAGGCCCACGGUCUCCAUGGAGAAAGCGCCGCUCGAGUGCCUCCAGAUCAUGAAGCAGUGCUGGAGUGAGGAGCCCGAGAGGAGGCCCACCUUCGAGGAGAUCUUCCAUCAGUUCAGGAACGUGAACAAGGGGAAGAAGACCAACAUCAUCGACUCCAUGCUGCGGAUGUUGGAGCAGUACUCCAGCAACUUGGAGGACCUGAUCAGAGAGCGCACCGAGGAGCUCGAGGUGGAGAGACAGAAGACGGACCGCCUGCUGGCGCAGAUGCUUCCCAGGUCGGUGGCUCACGCCCUCAAGACAGGCAAGCCGGUGGAGCCGGAGCACUUCGCCGAGGCCACGCUGUACUUCAGCGACAUCGUUGGCUUCACCACCAUCUCAGCGCUUAGUGAACCCAUCGAGGUGGUGGACCUGCUCAACGACCUCUACACGCUCUUUGAUGCCAUCAUUGGAGAACAUGACGUGUAUAAGGUGGAGACCAUCGGUGAUGCCUAUAUGGUGUCCUCAGGGGUCCCGAACCGCAACGGUAACCGGCACGCAGCUGAGGUGUCCAACAUGUCUCUGGACAUCCUGCACUGCAUCGGGGCCUUCAAGAUGAGGCACAUGCCUGACGUGAAGGUCAGGAUCCGCAUUGGCCUGCACUCCGGUCCGGUAGUGGCGGGAGUGGUGGGGCUCACCAUGCCUCGCUACUGUCUCUUCGGAGACACCGUCAACACAGCCUCCCGAAUGGAGUCCACGGGCUUGCCUUACAGGAUCCAUGUGAACCAGAGCACCGUUGACAUCCUGAACAAGCUCAAGCUCGGAUAUAAGAUGGAUUUACGAGGGAAGACGGAGCUGAAGGGGAAAGGAGUUGAAGACACGUACUGGUUGGUGGGGAGAGACGGGUUCGACAAACCACUGCCUGUGCCACCCGAUCUGACCCCAGGAGCCAGCAACCACGGCAUCAGUCUGGACGAGAUCCCUGCCGACCGCAGACAGAAGUUCCUCGAGCGGCAGAAAAGAAUGCAGUGAAGGAAUGCCGAGGUGAACAGAGGGCAUUCGGUGGCGAUGCUCAUCCUGAUCUCCCAGGAUGCUUUGGGGGAUUGAGAACUGUGCAGGAGAGCAGGGGGCACCGUCCACUCGCUGCACUGUCCUCCCCCCAUGACAGCCCUCAGCCCCCUGCCUCUCUCAGACACACACACACACACACACG